GGUGUGCUUACUACUAGCGACUUAGCAUGGGGCCGUGACAGAAUUGCAAACAUUGGAUCCCUGAUUGAUAGUGAUGAUUGGAUGGAAGGUCGAGAAGCAAGGCAGAAGGCAGCAGCAUUAUAUGGGCCAGGAUGUAUCCCAAGUUGUGGUCACAGCAACGCGCGACGUUUCCAGAAAUCAACAGGGUAUAUUUGAGUAUCAAGGUUCCUCAGCAGUACCACUUAACUGGCUAUAUACAUCUUACUACUCAUAUACUACUACCAAUUUGUCUGAACAACAGAUAUGUCCUCUACAGAAUAUCCUCUCGCAGGGGUUCGCAAGUUGCAGUUGGUUAUUGCAGGGCUAUCUUUUCCAUGGGCCAUCGCCUCAAUUGCUGAUAGAAGAGGGAGUCCAGAGACUAUUUUCCAGCUCAUCACAUUGAUCCUUUCUAUCUGUGCCUCUAUCUAUAUACUCUACAAUCACCGCAAGACAGGAAAGCAACACCCCGAAUCUGAGAUUCUGAGCGAUGUUUUUCUCCUCGUGUUGUUCCUCGCAGUUUAUAUUGCCGGUAUUGUGAUUCUGUCCUCCAGAGUGAUGAGAUAUGUGGUAUACGCACGGAGUAUCCCUCAUGUAUACACCAAUCUCGCAUGUUUACUUAUGUGGCUAUCAUAUGGAUACACAAUCUUCAUCGCCAUCUACCACAAAUACCUGAUCAACCUCCUCAAACGCCGCCGAUGGGGUAGUACUAUGUACAUCCUGUGUCCAUCCUGUGAUCGGGCAGCUCAGGCCUCGCAAUCCGGAUGGAACGGAGAGAGAACUGCGAAUCCGUUCGAUAAUACCCCGAAUCUCUAUACGGACGAGGAGGCAGAGGGUCAAUCCCUGCUUCACAAUGAACCGACGAAGCAGGAAACUGGCAUUACCAACUGAUACUAGUCAGCCAUGCUCUAGAUGUCUCUGGGGCUACUGGUAGGAAUUAGACUCGUCAUACCUUUUAUAGGGUCUGGUCAUUGGAACGUCUGAAGCGUGUGGAGGAUUAGAGCGAGAUUAGAGAUGGUGUAGAUACGCAUUAUGAUACAUAUCAUAUUAAAGUAUAUUGGAUAAGCAUAUUUGUUAGCUUUUUAUUUAGAUUUAGAUGGCAAGACAGCCUCAGGUUUAAGCUAUACUUUCUAAUAGAUGGCAGCUUAUAUAAACAGCUCUAGUAUAUUCCAGUUAUCACAAUAGGUGAUGACUUAGUAUACUAAGAGAAAGAGA